GCGGCAUAUCAUAUACGGACGUGAACAAGCCGCCUGUGUGUCGAGUGGUCCUUGUUGCAGUCAAGAUGAUUACCCCGGAGCAAGGGUCGUGAUGGAGAAGAGCAGCACCCCGGCCGGCCGGGCAGGAAUGCCUGGCUGUCGGAAAUGGUUCUUCGGGAUGAUGAUUUUUGGCGCCGGAGCAGUCGUUUACCUGCUGCAGGGGUCCCCGAGCGAUAUCAGCAGAGAGAUGGAGCAAAUCUACACACACUCGGAAGCUGCAAUAAUUUCCAUCACAAAUGAGACUGACUCUCCACCGAAAAGUAGCCUAUUGUACGCACAAGACAACGCAACUCUAGGAAUUUACCUAAUAAAUACUGAAGGUUGCAAAAUUCCUGAUAUGCCCGUUAAAAACUCUAUGAUUUCCAAAUUCACUAAAGAUGUGCAACCAACGCCAGAGUGUGACAAGGACUGGUGGCCGCUGCAUGGUAAAACAAAAGCCAGAGGGCCAGCUUUGGUGCAAAGCGAUCUGGAUUCGUUGUACCUGGGUUCUUUAGCCAAAAAUUUGAGUUGCUGCUACCGACCGUUCACCAGGGCAACACCUGGGACGCCUGGGGUUGACAACAAAGCCAUCUACAGCAAAGAAUGCAUUCCUUUCAAAAACCGAGACCGCGUGAGUGACAAUUAUGAAUUUGUGAGGGUAGAGUGCUACAACUCAUCAAAGCGACCCGACUUGGUCUACAAAGACUUUCACGCUUUUGUUCCUCUUAAGCGCAACGUCGAAGAGCGAUGUACUGAUUCUGAUUCAAGUAGAAACCAAAUAAGUGUAGCUGUCCUGGGCAUUGACUCAGUGUCCCGCCUCAACAUGCACAGGGAACUGCCGCUGACCUUGCAGACCCUUCAAAUGGCAGGGGCAGUCCCUUUGCUGGGCUACAACAAAGUGGCAGACAACACGUUUCCGAACUUGAUGCCUCUCCUCACUGGCAUCAGCGAGUCGGACCUAAUCAAGGGCUGCCCUUGGCCGGGCCCUGACCACGUGCUGGACGCGUGUCCUUUCAUUUGGAAGGAGUAUGCAAUUGCAGGAUACAGGACGGUCUAUGCCGAGGACUGCACCUGGAUGACCACUUUUAACUACGCCAAGUCGGGGUUCCUACACCAGCCCACUGAUUAUUACGCCCGACCAUUCCUACAAAAUACUGAGGAACAAAUCGGUCACCUAAAAAAGUGGAACGUCAAGCUCUGCUCUGGACCAAGGCUGACCAUUAACAACAUCCUUAGCUAUGCUCAAAAAGUGUCUCAGAGAUUUGAAAGUUCCAACUGGUUUGGACUCUUUUGGUCCAAUUCAGUAUCACACGAUGUCUUGACCAUGCCACACAUCGGCGAUAAAGCGUUUUCUUCGCUUGUGUCAAAGAUCGACUUCAAUCGAACGGCCCUUGUGUUCAUCAGCGACCACGGAAUGAGAUGGGGACCAAUUCGGGACACAUAUCAGGGAUGGCUGGAAAGCUGUCUGCCAGCCGCCUUUGUUGUGCUGCCUCCAUGGUUUGAAACAGAAUACCCUGAAGCAGUAAAGAACCUGCGGCUAAAUGGCGCUGCAAGACUGACCACACCGUUUGACCUCCAUGCAACCCUUCGAGAUCUCAUCAAUCCAGACAAAAGUUUGCUCAACCCUUCCAUCACUGCAAAGGGCAUCAGCCUUUUUAGACCAAUACCCGAAAACAGGACUUGCGAAUCGGCCAGUAUUCCAGAAACUUACUGCACAUGUCAAGCAAGUAAACCGUUGGAAACACGAAGUGUGCCCGACAAAGCAAUCGAGGCGAUUCUUGCAACUCUGAACUCGGCACUCAUGUCAGCUCCCGAGUGCGCGCCUCUGACUCUGAAAUAUAUCAUUUCGGCUAGAGUGAUGGGCCAACACCACUUGCAGUUGACAUUGCAAACGCAACCUGGAGACGGCCACUUCCAGGGCACUGUGAGCAAAGUAGCUGAUGGCCGCUUUGAAGUUCAAGGACCAAUUUCAAGAAUGAAUCAAUACGGAAACUCGAGUUGGUGCGUCAGCUCUUAUCUUUUAAAGCCUGUGUGUUACUGCUUGUAAAUAAGUGGAAAAAACUGCAUACUAAAAUGGAACCACUCAGGGUCUUCCGAAAAUAAAAUGUUUUUUUAAAAAAACUAUUUAGUCUAUGAGGCUGUUCUCUAAAAUUAAUAUUUUUGUACGUAGAUAUGUCCACGCUUAUCAAUGAUAAUUUGAAAAGAAAACAUGGCGUUUCAUUUAAAUUACAUAAAAACUGACUUACUUUUAUUGUGCUUAUAACUAACAAGAAGAAGAGCCUUUAAUCAACCAUCAGUCGUGGCGCAAUAUUCAUGGACAUCAACUCUUGGAACAGCAGCUUGGCCGCAUACGGCAGACGGACUUGCGAGAUCUGCAACAAAACUUGUCAAAAACAAGUC